CUUGAUCGAAUCGUCUCGGAAACGAAAUCGUUAGCUAGGCAAAAAUAGAACCGAUCAGAACACAUCAGAUCGAUUAUACGCCGUGUGAACCGUUUGAAUAAAUUUUAAUUUGAUUACAAAUAACUGAGCACAAUAACUCUGGAUCUAUAUAUUUUCAAGCGAUCAACCGUUGCUAAAAGCGUGACAACAACAACAGCAACAAAGUUUUCUUCUUAUUUAUUUAUAGAAAUAUUUUUUCUUUAUUGAAUAAAACUGAACGCUUUGGUUACAAACCCGUCAGAUACAUUUUGUACGCUGUCGCGUAGUCAUCUUAGUCAAGUUAGUUAGUCGUGGUUAACUAUUUAAGCGUGUCGAGUAACAGAUUAAAAAGGAGAACCAGAGACAAAAGCCAUCAGUCAUGAUUCAUCCGGGGAAUGCUUUACUUCUGCCGCUAACACUGUUUACUCUGCUCUCGGCCACGGCCCUGGCCUUAAGUGACAAGACCCUGAUUGUCUGUGGAAGCAACUUGGGCUGCCUGAAGGGCAUCCACAUGCCCGGCUAUCAGAUAAAACAAUUCGAGGCCUUUCUGGGCAUACCCUAUGCCCUGCCACCUGUCGGAGAGCUGCGCUUCAAUAAUCCCAAAGUCAUGCCCAAACUGCAGGGUAUCUAUAAUGCCAGCAUGGCCAAACCGGACUGCAUACAAAAGAACUAUCUACUACCAACACCGCUUAUCUACGGCGAAGAGGAUUGUCUCUACCUCAAUGUCUACAGACCGGAGCGCCGUCCAGCACAAUCCCUGCCAGUCAUGGUCUAUAUUCAUGGCGGCGGUUUCUUUAGCGGCUCUGCGGGUCCAUUGAUAACUGGACCGGAGUAUUUUAUGGACACGGGCGAGGUGAUAUUGGUAUCAAUGGCUUAUAGACUGGGUGCCUUGGGCUUUCUGUCCACACAGGACACGUCAAUACCCGGCAACUUCGGACUCAAGGAUCAACAGCUGGCCCUGCGUUGGGUGCAGCGUAAUAUCAAAGCGUUCGGCGGAGAUCCACGUCGGGUAACCAUUUUUGGACAGAGUGUAGGCGGUAUUUCGACACAUAUGCAUAUGCUGAGUCCUAGAUCGCAGGGUCUCUUCGAGCGUGUGAUUAGCAUGAGCGGCACAGCCAACGUGCCCUUCGCAAUGGUUGAAAAUCCGCUGGAGCAGGCACGUCAAACGGCGCAACUCUGUCAGGUGAAGGAUGCCCACAAGAUGAGCACUCUCAAAUUAGCUCGUGCUCUGCGUGCUGUCGAUGUGAACACCCUGUUGAAUGCGGGAGAUGGCUUGAAGUUCUGGGAUGUCGACCACAUGACCAACUAUCGUCCUGUCGUCGAGCCAUGUGGUCCAGAAUCGUUCCUAAGUGUGCAUCCCAAGCAGUUGAUGGCCGAGGGCAACUAUCAAAAGGUGCCCUGGUUGUUGGGAACCGUACCUCAGGAGGGUGCUGUGCGUGUUGUCAAUAUUAUGGAGAAUGCAACGUUGCGUCAGGAUUUCAAUUCACGCUUCGAUGAGCUGCUCCAGGAGCUGAUGGAGUUCCCCUUAGAUUUCAGUCAAGAGAAACUUGCCGAGUCUAUGCAACUGAUCCUCGAUGAAUACUUUCGGAACCAGCACGAAUUGAAUGCGUCCACAGUACAGGGAUUUCUCGAUCUCAUUACGGAUCGUGGCUUCAAGCAACCGCUCUAUAAUGCCAUAUGGGAUUAUGUGCACAGUGAUGAUACUAGCGGGCAUCCACUGUACUUGUACAGCUUCAAUUACCUCGGUCCCUACAGUUAUGCCUCCAUCUACACGAACUCAAAUGUUACCCAGAAAUAUGGUGUCGUACACUGCGAUGAUUUGAUCUAUCUUUUCCGUAGUCCCAUGCUCUUUCCCGACUUUGAUCGCAACUCGACAGAAGCCCGAGUUGUUGCAUCGUUUGUGGGUUACUUUGUGCACUUUGCCAAGUAUGGUAAACCCAUUAAUUCCGAGUCGAUAGCGCCCUGUUCGGAAUCGCUGCUAAAGUCACGACCCAAUGGCAUUUGCGAUUAUCAGGUGCUGGAGAAUGGGGAAGAUUCCGACUUUGAGGUGAAUGUCUCGCAAGACUUCCGAACAAAAAAUGCCAGAUUUUGGAGUAAAUUAUUGAAUGAACCAAAUCGUUACUAAGCUGUAAAGAUAAAUGCUAAAGAUGUAUAUAAUUAAUUUUAAUAAAAAUUAUUAAGAACGCCAAUAAAUACACAUUAAUUGUA